CGGGGGAGGGGCCCGGGGGGGCGGGGCUGAGCGUCCGGACGCUGGGCGUGGCCGAGGGGAGGGAGACCUCCACGUGGACGGUCCUCCGGUCCCCUCGCCAGGCCGGCGCCACGGCGACAGGGAAGAUGACGAGCAGCAUCACCAUCACACCCAUCACCUCGGCAACCUGCCGGCCCACGCAGCCGCCGCCCGGCGCCGCGUCCCGGAUCCCGAUGUCCAGGGGCCUGAAGACCUCCGCCAAGGUGGGCGCGGCCUUCGCCACGGUAACCAGGAUGGAGUCGCGCUCCGAGGGUCAGCUGAUGAAGAUCGAGCUGAGGAGGUCGGCCGGGUGUGGCCUCGCCUCCUCGUCGGGCGGGAAGAGCUGAGCGUCUCCGUGGCGACGGCGUCUGGUCACGCGAACGACAAGAUGACCGCCGGACCCCUCGGGCUAGUGGGCGGGGCUUAGAGCCAACCGCAUUUAGUGGAAUAAAAACCUGGUUAUUUUAUGGAUAUUAUUGUUGAAUGAUGAUUUUUAUCGAUGUUAUUUUAUUUAGCAGGCGAAGAUGUCGACUCAUUUGCAUGGUUUAAGAGGACUCAAAGCACUGGUUAUUCUGAACUACACGAGCCUUGACUGUAAUGCCUUCUCGUUGGGGACGGCCAGCUAGAGUAUAUUUUAAUAUAACUCACAUUUAUACCAUGUGUUUAUUUAUCUGCUGCUUCCCGAGGAUUCUAAUCACUGAAUGAUCGUGUGUGGAGAGACUGUGAUGUACACUCUCUCAUGUUUCUGUCCAUAAUAAACAAUAUUUAUCUCUACAGUAACACUUUCUAGACAUUACUUGGAAUUAUUCGAUUUUAGAACACCUCAAUAAAAGAUCAAAUAUAGUAUUCUGUAAGAUUAACAAUUUCUGCCAUUUAUUGAUAUGAGCCAACCGUCACAACAGUCGUGCAAUAAGUAAUCUCUUUCCGUUUACUA